UUCGUCUCGCUCUUGCCACCAUGUCUCUCGUUGCUGGAUAUUCGUCUGAUGAGGAUAAUGGCCCAGCUUCUCCCACAGCAGAUGCUUUCGGCCUCUCUAGUCUGCCCGCGACGAAGAAGCCUCGCAUCGAGGAGCCUUUGUCCAGCAAACCAAUCGUAGACGCUGCCCCUCAUGUCCUGGCGGAGGAUCCUUUGCACCAAACGUCUUUGGUGCUACGACCAACGGAUACACAAAUGAAUGUGAACAUCAACUAUGCGGACAUGAUAUUGCCUCUGCAAGGGCCUGAGAACCCCUUCGGCGACCGCGGACGCUUCCUCAACCAAAAUGCCCUCGCUGGGCAUGUAGAAGAGCAGUCCAUGACUGAUCAUGCCUUCCGCCAGCAACACCUAACACACACCAUCCUUGGCUAUUCCGCUAAUCCUUCCGUCGACCCUAACGCGCCGGCCGUCCUUGGUUCAGUGGAAAAGGCCAUGGCGAAUGGCUUCCAGACAAUUGGAUCCAUCAAGGCACCGAUGGCCGCGAAGAAGGAGCUCAAGCGCAAGCGCAUGCCUCAGGGCGACUUGGAGGUAGUUGAUGGGAACGGCGCAUACGAGGGUCCCUGGGCGCGCUGGGGCGGCGAGGAGCAGGACACGGCUAUGCCGGAGGGAGUCGAGAACGCCGAGGAGGAGGAAGAGUCAGAGCCCGAGGAGGAGGUUCAGAUCAAAAAGGCGAAGCCAAAGCGCGGUGCGCCAGGCCUCGAGUCGUCUGUGUUCCACGGGAAGUCGUUGGUCGACUACCAGGGCAGGACGUACAUGUCGCCACCGGUGUCGGAGGCACCCCAACUUCAACACGAGCCCGGCUCGCAAGAAUGUUUCAUCCCGAAAACAUGCAUCCACACCUGGACUGGACACACGCAGGGCGUGUCUGUGCUCCGUCUGUUCCCCAACACCGGCCAUUUGCUGCUCAGUGGGUCGAUGGAUACUAAGAUCAAGUUGUGGGAUGUCUACACGCACGGGAAUUGUCUCCGGACAUUCCACGGUCAUAUGAAGGCCGUCAAGGAUGUGACCUUCUCCAAUGAUGGUCGAAGAUUCCUGUCAUGUGGGUAUGACCGGCAGAUCAAGCUGUGGGACACGGAAACUGGACAGUGUUUGAAAAGAUUUAGUAACGGCAAGAUCCCCUACGUCGUCCGCUUCCAUCCGGAUGAGGACAAGCAGCACAUUUUCCUUGCUGGAAUGUCGGACAAGAAGAUCAUCCAGUACGACAUGAACUCGGGCGAGAUUACUCAAGAAUACGACCAACAUCUGGGACCUGUGAACACAAUCACCUUCGUUGAUGAGAACCGUCGAUUCGUUACGACUUCGGAUGACAAGACCAUACGUGCAUGGGACUUUGACAUCCCAGUCGUGAUAAAGUACAUUGCAGAACCAUACAUGCAUUCAAUGCCGGCCGUCACCCUGCAUCCAAGCAAGAAAUACUUCGCCGCACAGUCUCUCGACAACCAGAUUCUCGUGUACAGCACGGAUAAUUUCCGGCAAGCGCGUAACAAGCGAUUUGCAGGACACUCGGUCGCAGGCUACGCCUGUCAGGUGGGCUUCUCACCUGAUGGUAAGUGGAUAAGCAGCGGCGAUGGCGAGGGGAACAUCGUGUUCUGGGAGUGGAAGACGGGCCGUAUCAAGAGCCGUCUGCGUGCACACUCUAAGGUAGUCAUCGCGCACGAAUGGUUGCCGCAUGAAACGUCAAAAGUAGUGAUGGGCUCCUGGGACGGUUUAAUUAAGUUAUGGGACUGACCCUGCUGUAUGCUUGGACUGACACCGGUCAUGACAUCAUCGAAGUGUUUGACCUGAUCCCCUCAUCGGCGUGAGGCAGUCGUAAAUCGGGAAUUAGAGACACUCUUCCCGAUUUUUGUCCGUCUUUGGAAAGAGAGCAUGUUGCACUCUCCGAUUAUCGGCCGUGCACUUGCUCUAAUUUUGUCGUGCGAGUCUCCGGUUACUCUCGAAGCUUGAAGCUUUGAAGGUCCGAAACUCUCUGUGUUUUCGGAGCACACCCUCAACCUUAUACUGCGCGAG